AUGAUCAGCUCGGACAGCCUCGGCAGGCGCGAUAACGUUCGUGGGUUACGCCGCACCUACUCCGGACAACUUGACCCGCUUCGCUUCCAAGCUCCGGAGUCCAUAAUGAUCCGGUCCGAAACACGUUUUCCUGCAUAUCUCAUCGAACUUCCACCAACUUGCAUCUUCCCCUUCUACGGUGACAGCCUCGCCUCUCCAGGUAAAAAGAUACUACACGUUGACCGUAAUGGAUACUAUGGUGGAAGUGAUGCGGGCUUCAGCUUGCAGGAAGUCGACACCUGGGUGAAAGAUUUGCAAAAAGGCAAGAAUUCCUCGCAGCCUUUCGACAACAUACUGACUUUUGUAGGUAGUAGCCAGGUAUUCUCCGAACCUCAACUAGCACACAUUGAAGUGUCUACCGACGACGACGGCCCUCGAUUGGGACCUUCAAGGGCCUACACACUGAGCCUGAAUCCUCAGAUUGUGUAUGCCCGAUCUGACUUCCUUCCCACACUUGUAUCUUCACAAAUACACGCGCAGCUUGAGUUUCUUGCUGUUGGAUCCUGGUGGGUACUGCGAAACAACGAGUUGCGCAAGAUUCCAAGCACAAGAGAAGAUGUGUUCAAUGAUGACACCUUAUCGGUCCGUGACAAGAGGAGUUUAAUGAAGUUUCUGCGCUUCGUACUCCAGGACGAGGAUCAUUCGCCUAUCGAAAGCAUUGAUAGUCCAGAAACUACCCUAAAGCAGACACUCGAGGGCUUCAAGAUUCCCGAAUCCUUGCAUUCGCCGAUCCUUGCAUUAGCAUUAUCGACGCAGCCGUCCACCCUUACCAAUUCUGACCACGCAAUCCGCCGGAUCAGACGGCACUUGCAGUCAGUUGGAUACUUUGGACCGGGCUUCGGAGCUGUGAUUGCGAAAUACGGCGGCAACUCUGAAAUAGCACAAGUUGCUUGCAGAGCACAAGCUGUGGGAGGCGGAGUUUAUCUGCUAGGCUCUGGUAUUCAUAAUAUCGACCAUGUUAAUCAAGAGGAACCCGAAGGCUCUCAACAACCGCCACUCCGUGUCACACUAACGGAUGGCACAAUUGUGCGAGCACAUCGCGUGGUGGGAGGUAUAGACGAUGUACCAAUACCUACACCAGUGCCCUUUUCUGCUGAAGGCGAAGCUACUAUGCUCCAGAGCAUAAGCAUCAUCUCAGAUCCCCUGAGCGACUUGCUCUCACCAACCUCCGACAACGGACCAGUACCUGCUGCUGCCAUCAUCCUCGUGGAGCGCGCCAAUGGCUCUGGACAGCCUCCCAUCUAUUUGCAGGUUCACUCUGAGGAUACUGGCGAAUGCCCUGCUAAUCAAAGUGUUGUCUACGCAUGUAUGCAUUCCAACUCCCAGGAAAAUAAUGCCGUCCUGUACGAUGCUGUUUCAGAACUCAUUGGCGCCGUUGGUCAGAUGAACACGAAGCGAAAUCCCAAGAUACUGUGGCAUCUAUCAUAUCGGACUCGGCUACAUUCCACUGAGAUGGCCCUUACAAGCGAGCCGCUGUAUAGUAAUAGCAACGUUGGUAUAGUAUCGCGCCGCUUCGAUCUCGCCGUGGAGGACGAGAUCACAAAGCCCAUACGUUCGCUCUGGGACGACAUCAUUGGUGCCGAAGCACUCAACCAUCCGUUUCUACUGUUCGAAGAGCGCGGACAGAGCCUUGAAGAUGACAACGACUGA